AUGGGCCCCGCCCUUGUACUGGCCCCGCCCCCGUGGGGAGUCAUCCCGCCCCCUGCGGCUCUGGCCCCGCCCCCCAGGAGCCGCAUUGGCCUGUCCCAGACUUUGCAGGGCGGUCAGGCCGCCCUGACCACGGCCCCGCCCCGCAUCCCGAGCCGCGGACGCGCGCGGGGAGACAAGAGCAGGCGGCGGCGAGCGGGGCGUGGGGCUAUACGCGGCCGCCUGUGGCUGGGCCUGGCGUGGCUACUGCUGGCACGGGCGCCCGGCGCCGCGGGGACCCCGAACAGUCCGCGGAGACCGCGCAGCUACACGCAUCUGGAGGGCGACGUGCGCUGGCGGCGCCUCUUCUCCUCCACCCACUUCUUCCUGUGUGUGGACCCCAGCGGCCGCGUGCAGGGCACCCGCUGGCGCGACAGCCCUGACAGCGUCUUCUUCGAGUUGCGCUCUAUCCGCGUGAGCGUCGUGGCGCUGAAGGCCAUGAACACCGGCUUUUACGUGGCCAUGAACCGCCGCGGCCGCCUCUCCUGGUCGCGGGUCUGCGCUAGGUUCCGGGAGCGCAUCGAGGAGAACGGCUACAACACCUACGCGUCCGUGCGCUGGCGCCACCGCGGCCGGCCCAUGUUCCUGGCGUUGGACGCGGGGUUGGGGGGGCGGGGGGUGGGCGUGGGGGCCCGGAGGCGCGGGGUCCGCACGCAGCGACACCACCCGCCCACGCACUUCCUGCCCGUCCUGGUCUCCUGA